AUGUCGAAGAUAGAGAAGACGAUAGCGCGACAGCAGGAGAAGAUCGAGGAGGGCCAGUACUACGAGGCGCACCAGCAGUUGCGCGUCAUCGCGUCGCGAUACGUCAAGCAGAGCAACUGGGAUGCGGCCUGCGAGCUACUCUCCUCCGGCGCACAGCUGCUGCUGAAGGCAGGCCAAGGUGGUAGCGGCGGAGAUUUAUGCUUGUUUCUAGUGGAUACAUACAACAAGGCGGAGCUCAAGCCAGAUGCCGCGAGCAAAGGCAGGCUGCUUGCGCUGCUGCGCGCGUUCCCGCCAGAAGAGCCGACGAAGAAGAGAUUCGUCACGGAGAUGAUCGCAUGGUCAUCGAAGUUCGGAGAGUAUCCCGCCGGCGACCCUGAGCUGCAUCAUGUAGCUGGUACACUCUAUGCAGAUGAGGACGAAGCUUAUGACGCGGAGCGACAUUUGGUGCUCGGCACCCGCGACUCUCCAGAGCGCCUCGCUCGGCUAGAAUACGAUUGGUACGCCGAAGACGAAUCGCAUACCGCGCCUCUAUACGUUGCACGAGCUGUCCUACCAUAUUUGCUUACCGGAAACAUACGCUCCGCCAACCAGUCCAUGCUUCUUUUCACCGGCCGGCUCCAGAAGGAGAAAGGCGGUCUCGGCGCGCAAGAGGUCAGCUCUUCAAAGUCGGAAACUCGUGUAUACCCGAGCCUACCGUUGCUCAACUUCCUUUCGCUCCUCUUGCUCGCGGUACAGAGAGGCAGCGCGGAUCUGUUCAGGCAGUUGAAGAGCCACUAUGCGGUGCAUCUGAAGGAAGUGGGGACAUGGGACGAGCCCUUGGCUCAGAUUGGGGAGAUGUACUUUGGCAUCAAGAUUCCGUCUCAGACCAACCCGUUGAUGGACAUGAUGGGUAACAUGCUCAUGGGCGGUGGAUUAGGCGGAGCUCCGAAGCCGAAGUCAAAGAGGGUGGAAGCACCUGCUCCGGCGCCGGCGGUGGAUUAG